CACACUGAACGUUGACAGUGCGGCGCAGAGAGCGCGGGGGUUGCUCGGCGGCAUAAUCUACGAGUGUCGCAAACGUUUCCUGGCGCGAUCGCUGCCGAGUCAGUCGUGUCAGUGUGCGCGCCAGAUAGACGAACAGGGAAACGACGUGACGAUCGUGAACGUUGGCAGUCGGCAUUCGUAGCAUGGCGGCCCUCAAACGUAUCACCAGCCUGACCCGGGCGCUUGCGACGAUGACGUCCGCGUCGCGGCCGUGUAUCCAGCACGCCACGAGGAAGACCUACUUCACGUAUGUGAAUGAGCCGUCUAUGCCGAUCCCGGACAAGGGGCCCUGCUGGCUGAAAACCGCCGACGAAGCCAUCGAGCAGGCCGAACUUGACUCAGAUCAGGAGGUGUACAUUCAGGGCGCUGCGGCGACACCCGUUGAAUUGUUGAGAGCGAUGACCGACUAUGGGGUACGCUGCGAUGUGAGGAACGUCCGUUUAUAUCACAUGCAUCUCGAGGGGGCCGCUCCGUUCGCCAAGCCAGAAAACGCAAAACACUUCCGAUCCAUCAGCUUAUUCAUCGGUGGCAACGUGCGGCCCGCGGUGAAUGCUGGUACCGCCGACUGUAUUCCCAUUUUUCUGCACGAGAUCCCGCGUUUAUUUAACCAGGGCUACAUCAAACCCGACAUCUCCCUUAUCCACGUGUCGCCGCCGGACGACAAAGGUUACUGCUCGCUCGGCACCAGCGUGGACAGCGUUCGGUCCGCCGUGAGUCAUUCCAAACGUAUCGUAGCGUUAGUCAAUAAGCACAUGCCUAGGACCUUCGGCGACGCCAUCAUACACGUCAGCCACUUGGACUUCGCCGUGGAACAUCACCAACCGCUGCCGGUCCACCCCGUGAAAGCGCCCUCGAAGGCCGAGCAGAUGAUCGGCAAGCACAUCGCCGAGAAUCUCGUUGUGGACGGCGCCACGUUGCAGUUGGGUAUCGGCAGCAUACCCGACGCCGUGCUCUCGUUGUUGGGCAAUCACAAGGACCUCGGGAUCCACAGCGAGAUGUUCAGCGACGGUGUGGUGGAUCUCGUGAACAAAGGCUGCAUCACGAACAAUCAGAAGAAAAUGCACAAGGGCAGAAUCGUCGGCUCGUUUUGUGUAGGCUCGGAGAAGCUUUAUAAUUUCAUGCACAACAACCCCUUCAUAGGUGAGUAUUCGUCUCACGUCGCUGAUAUGCUUCUUCUGUCUUUCAACAUUACCGUUCUCGAAUAUCAAUGGCCGAUUCGUCCUUUUACAGAAAUGCUGGUAGUGGAUUACGUCAAUGACCCCAGAAUAGUUGCCAAACAACCUAAGAUGACUGCCAUCAAUUCGUGUAUCGAGGUGGACAUCACUGGUCAGAUAUGCUCGGACAGUAUCGGGACGAGGAUGUACUCCGGCUUCGGCGGUCAGCUGGACUUCAUCAUGGGCUCGGCAAUGAGUGAGGAUCAACUGGGAAAACCGAUCAUAGCGCUCCAAUCGGUUACUGCCAAGGGCCACAGCAAAAUACAGCCGGUUCUGACGCUGGGAGCUGGAGUAGUUACCAACAGAGCAGUGGCGCGGUAUGUCGUGACGGAGCAGGGUAUCGCCAGUUUGUUCGGCAAGAGUCUUCAGCAACGGGCGUAUGAGUUGAUCAAGGUGGCUCAUCCCGACCACAGAGAGGCCCUGGAAAAAUCGGCCUUCGAACGCCUUAAAGUGAUGCCCGCGCCGUAAGCCGAAAAAGCGCGUCUCACAGAAACAUGUUAUUCGAUAGCAUUUUAUGAUCGAUCGUGCGUUCGCGUGUUUUAUCCGCAUACAACGGGAAACGAAGUGUCUUCUCUUUGUACGAUAUUCGUGCUCUCUUGCCUGAAGACAAUUCGUCAGCCUGACUUUAAGGUCUACCUAGAAUGAGAGGGAGAGAGAGAGCGAGAUUGAGAGAAAGAGAGAGAGAGAGAGAAAGAAUAAUGCGUACUAAAUUAAAUUUUAACAUUAUUUACAUAAGAAUCAGUAAUGCGUGCGAUAUCACGCUUGUUACACGUUAGACAUUAAACCACGCGUGUUUUUUAUAAUAUAUAUCAUCAGGGAGACGUGUUCGCGCGUUGAGACACGGUUCAGACAAAUAAAAGUAUGGCGCGUAUGGCACCGCAUUCCGAAAUGUAAACAUUUUUUAUAUUAAAUCUGUCGAUGUUCCUUUGUAUAAUUUUCACAAUGUUAUCAUUACAUCGUAAUGAUGUAACCGAAGUACCAUUAUGCAAACGAGUAAUAUAGUGAGAACGCUGA